AUGGCCGAGAAAGGCCAACGUAAUCCAUCAGACGGAGAAGAAGAGCCGUGGUACGUAAAGGCAAUGAGAGAAAUGGAACUCAUAUGCCCACCAGGAUGGCAAACAUUGGAUAAUGAAAAUUGCGUGGACAUUGAUGAAUGUCUGCUGUUGAUGGACGAUUGCCUGGAAUCACAACGAUGCCUGAACUUGCCGGGAUCGUUCAAAUGUAUCCGAACGCUUUCCUGUGGUACCGGCUACGCAAUGGACUCAGAAACGGAGGAGUGCAUUGGUUUGCAACGGCUUGCUGUGAUCUUACUGACUGUCUAA